UCGCAGCCUCGAUUGUCGCUUUACUCCACGUGACGUGACGUGACGUGACGUCCGGAGCGUGACGCGAGGUCACUCGGCGGACUUGUGCAACUCCGUGUUCGUAAGCGGUUCGAAACGACAGGCGCGUCGCUCGCCGCGGACAUGCACGGCUAGCCGGUUAAAAGGGGGCGACUGCAAAUCCUCUAGUGAUGCAGGUCGAACAGUGACGAUAUGUCAUUUGGGGUCGUUUUAGAUCGUGUGUCUGCUUCACCCGGCCCUCGAAGCGAUUCGUCUGUACGGUGGAAACCCAAAGGGAGCGGCCAGGAGAGUGGAUGCAAAAUAAAGGAGUGACAUUUCCAAACCACCCCCCAAUGUCUUCUGGCUGUCCACCCCAGUCACCAGCUGUGGCCAAGUGUGAAGUAGCGGUGGAGGGAGAAUGUCCAUUGCUGGCGGCCACCUUCGCUUACUGGGACAACAUCCUGGGCCCGCGCGUGCGCCACAUCUGGGCCCCAAAGGGCGACCAGCUGAUGUUCCUCAGCGACGGGGAGGUCACCUUUUUGGCCAACCAUACCCUCAACGGGGAGAUCCUGCGCAGCGCCGAGUGCGGCGCCGUGGACGUGAAGUUCUUUGUGCUGGCAGAGAAGGGCGUCAUCAUCGUGUCCCUCAUCUUUGACGGCGAGCUGAAGGGGGACAAGAACACGUGUGCCCUGUCCAUCAUCCUGCCCCAGACCGAGCUGGCCUUCUACCUGCCUCUGCACACAAUCUGCGUGGAGAGGCUGAAACACGUCAUCCGCAAGGGGCGCAUUUGGAUGCAGAAGGGCUACAACAUCAUCUCAGUGUUGAGCCUGGAGAUUGUCCCCAUCAUGGAGCUGUUGGCCUCGAUGAAGUCACACAGUGUGUCAGAGGAUAUCGAUAUAAGAGACACCGUGCUACAUGACGAUGACAUCGGGGACAGCUGCCACGAGGAUUUCCUCCACAAGGCCGUCAGCUCUCAUCUACAGACGUGCGGCUGUUCAAUAGUGGUUGGAAGCAACCCAGAGAAAGUAAACAAGAUUGUGCGAACACUCUGCCUCUUCCUCACCCCGGCCGAGAGGAAGUGCUCUCGCCUCUGCAGGGCCGACUCUUCCUUCACAUAUGACACGGGCCUGUUUGUUCAGGGUCUGCUCAAGGACUCUACGGGCAGCUUUGUCCUGCCCUUCCGCCAGGUGCUCUACUCUCCGUACCCAACCACUCACAUCGACGUCGACAUCAACACGGUGAAGCAGAUGCCGCCGUGUCACGAGCACAUGUACAACCAGCGGCGCUAUAUGCGGUCGGAGCUGAACACGCUCUGGAAGACGGACAGCGAGGAGGACAUACCCCCGGACACAGUCAUUCACACUGAUGAAACCUUCACACCUGACCUGAAUAUAUUCCAGGACGUCAUGCAUAAUGACACUUUGGUGAAGUCAUUUAUAGACGAGGUGUUCAUGCUGAAGCCGGGCCUGUCCCUGCGGAGCACCUACCUGGCCCAGUUCCUGCUGCUGCUCCACAGGAAGGCCCUGACGCUGCUCAAGUACAUCGAGGACGAAACGCAGAAGGGGAAGAAGCCGUUCCGAUCUCUGCGCAGCCUAAAGACGGACCUGGAUCUGACGGUGGAAGGGGACCUGAACAUUGUAAUGGCCUUCGCCGAGAAGCUGAGGGCGGGACUGCACUCGUUUGUGUUCGGGAAGCCGUUCUACACCAGCAUGCAGGAGCGAGAUGUGCUCAUGACCUUGUGACUCUUAUUCUACACGCGCACUUUAUUUAUGAGCCGGUUAAUGAAGACAGAUGUUUUUGUGGUAUUGUUCCCCCCCCUGUAUUAUUGUUACAUGAACGCAUGCAGAUGUUUAUUGUGAGACAACCAUUAGCCUGAGUAUUUGUUACUGCUUUGCUGAAAUGAAAAGAACAUUUUGCCUUCCUUUUGUGUCUUGAUCAAUACAAGGCAUGAUUUCAAGAUUGAUUGUUGCUGCCGUUAUGAGCCAUUGGAAUUAAAGUUUUGAUGUGUUGCCUUGAUCUGUUGUGUAAGCAUAAUAUGAGUUUAAUAAUUUUAGAAGACAUCAUUAUUCUCCGCGGGAUGAAUUAUUCAUGUAUUCUACGCCUUUUGCUAAUAAAGGGACUGUAUUGAUUUAUUGUGUUAAAAUUGGCUGAGGUUCCCACCAGGACAUUUGCAAUUUGAUUUAAAUUAUAUUUAUGAAAACAUAAGUUAUUAGUGUCUUCACUGUCCGUGUUAUACAUCAACAGUGAUUGGCCUAUGAACCUUUUCAAAUUGUGGAUUGCCUUUAUAAAAAAAAGAAUCCAAUUACUACUAAUCAACUCCUUAUAAAGCAGAUCUCUUUUGGUAGCUGACCGAGUGCCAUCAUUAAAUAUCUUUACCCAGUUGUGCAUUAAAUGGAUUUGCACAGAUUUUACCUCCCACAGCAACACCCCCGCGGUUCUGCUGUUGGGAUCGUUGGGAAGUUUGCAGCUUAACGUGAAUCGAUUUUGUCAAUUUGCUUUUAGCAUUUGCUUCCAAAAGUGCAAAUUGUUUUUGACAUUGCAAUGUGUCGAGUUGAUGUUGUGCCAUACUCUAUUUUACAUUAAUUUUGAAUGUGAAUUUCCCACCUGCUGAUGUUUUGCAGACGACAUUUAUUACAAAUGCCAUACAUGUUUACCUAUCUUGCUCCUUUUCGUUUCACUUUAUUGACUGAUGCACUUCGUUUCAACAGUGAACUUUUGUCUAGAUUGUUCAGAUGGGGUAAAAGAUAAUAAACACUGUACUAACAAA